CCUGUGUCUGAACCAUCAUCAUCAGAGUCUGCUGAGCCACAGUUACAAAGCACUGCAACAGGUUCAAAUGACUGGGUUGCUGUGGAAAACAAGAGGAUGAGAGAUAUGAGAGAGUCAAGAUUUACAUCAGAUUUCGAUUCCAUAAAGUGUCUUGGGAAAGGAGCCUACGGUCAUGUGUACAAAGCAAGAGAAAUAUUGCUGGACAAGAAUUAUGCCGUCAAGGUUGUCCGUAGUAAAGGAAAAUGUCUGCGAGAGGUGAAGGCAUUAUCAGAACUUUCUCACAACAACAUUGUGCGAUACUACACUUGUUGGAUGGAGGAUACAGGAUACAAGAAGGACAGGGAAUCAUCGCCACAAUCCCUCUACAUUAAGAUGGAGCUAUGUGACUCCAAAACACUUAGACACUGGAUACAAGAGAGGAAUACAGAAACUCAUCGCAACUCCAAGAGAAGACAAGAGAGUCUAACCAUCGCUCAACAAAUAGUCAGUGGAGUCGAGUACAUUCACUCCAAAAAACUCAUCCACAGGGACCUGAAGCCUGCCAACAUCAUGUUUGGAAAGGAUGGAACAGUGAAGAUUGGAGACUUUGGUCUGGUCACUGCUGAUGCUGACGAUGAUGAAAACCCAAUGGAGCGAACUACCGAAAAAGGAACCAUUUCUUACAUGGCUCCCGAACAAUUUGGGAACAUCUAUGACCGGAAGGUGGACAUAUUCACCUUCGGGCUGAUAUACUUUGAACUCCUCUGGAAAAUCUCUACUGGCCAUGAAAGAGUGGAGGUUUUCAGAGAUGCCAGAAAUCAGAAGUUGCCUGAAAAGUUUCCAAUUGCUUUUUCUCAAGAGAACCAAAUAAUGAAGUUGAUGCUGUGUAAGGAGCCAAGACAACGAGCUGAAGCAAGUACACUUAAAGCAGAGCUGGAAAAGUUGGCUCACAUACUCAACCCUCAAAAAACCGAGCAUCAGCAAAAUGUUACAGUCUGACAGUCACACACGCAGGAGGCUAUAAGCAUCUGUCUUCUCUGAUUAUGUAUUUUGAUGUAGUAACUGUUUUAUACUUUUGUUGGAAAACAUUUGGUAGCUUUUAUUGCGCUUUAACCUGAGAUCUGUAGCCCACAAACUACUCAUACUCUACUACCCUCACACACACAAACAGACAUUCUCACAUGGCUAUGACAAUGGGUGGCAGUUUUGGGCUCUAUGAUUUGCUCAGCACACUUUGUUGUGCAAACAGGAGCAUGAAUGAAACAUAAAAUAGAGUUUAUCAUGAUUUUAAAACUUUUAAAUGAAAUCACAUCUUUGCUCCAGAACAGUCGUUCUCAACCUUUUCAAGUCUCUACCACAGCUGUAGCAGCCAUCAGAGUCAAUUAUAAAGUUUUGUGUUCAUUUUUUUUGGACAAAGCUGCGACCAGUCGGCCAACUCGAGUUGUGCUUCUCCAAUCAUGUGACACACACCAUGUGACAUACAUCACUCUCCACAUUCCUCUAUAAUACACACCAACCUUAUUAGGCGGUCUAUUUAAGCAGAGAAAAUUUCCCAUCAAUCCCUUUGCUUGCACUGCUGCUGCGUCAGUUUCGCUGCAAGUUGCUUCAGCCCCUCCACCGCCCCAGCAUCCACCUGCAAGCUUCGACGGGGGGUUUACAAGCAUUUGCUCAUCACUCCCAUCAUAUCGAUGUAAUCAUAUCUGGGGGGAGUGAUUAAGUCGGAUCCUUGACGUCAAACACUAACCUGUUGUACUGUUGCAAU